AUGCCACCAAUACGCGACAAGUUCAAUAUUCAUUCGAAAGCUGUCGUCUGCCAGGAUGUUGAGUUGAAAGGAGACAUAACGAUUGGCUCUGGAACGAUUGUUCACCCCAAAGCCACGAUAUUUGCCAUCGCAGGACCGAUUGUCAUUGGCAUGGGUUGCAUCAUCGAGGAAGGCGCAAUCAUCGUCAACAGACGGAAGGAGGUGAUGCGAAUUGGGGAUGACAAUCUAUUCGAAAUCGGUUGUCGGAUCGAAUCUCCGUCGGUAGGGAAUUUCAACACGAUAUCUACGCGUGCUCGGGUGCACCACACAGUUCGGAUAUCCUCGUACUGCGUCGUCGGUGCGGGGUGUCUCCUCGUUCCCACAGAAGAUCAAGUUCUCGAAGAUUAUACCGUCGUCUACGGUCCGGCCGCAGAACAAAGGACGUGGAGUGGAAGGGGUAAAGUGCAGGAAGCUGAUUUGAGACGGAAACACGCCGAGUACUUGAGGGAAAUGCUUCCCAAGUUCAACAGGUUACGACGAGGAGAUGGCGCUUAG